CCGUGCUAGCGCGAUCUCGGCUAAUCUUGUCCCCGGGAGACCGCAGUUUCGCGCGGAAAACGCCGAACGAUCGAUCAUCGAUCUCACGAGAUCGAACGUCUCGAAGCGGAGCUCCGAGUGUACGUGUCUCUCUCUCUCUCUCCUACGGAAACUCGCGAGCGAGAGUGAUAAGGACGAGUAUCGAAGGCCGCGCUACGAUUAUUGCCGAAGACGUCGAGGCAAGAAAGAGAGAGAAAAAGAUAAGCGACGAAUCGCUGACUGUACGCCCGUCGACGAACACACGGUGUAAUUCGCGCGAUAGUUGAAUCCGUUCCCGGGACGGAUCCGUCGUGAAAGUGCUCAUUGAUAUUCAAAUGCUGAACACACAGAGCCGUUGAGCGACGGCUCACACAUUCUCGAGUGCGCUGAGAAAGAGAGAGAGAGAGAGAGAGGGAGAGAGAUACGCAGUGCGUUCCACUUUGAGCUUUCUCACAGUCGCGAGGUACUGAAGAUCAGCGAAGACUCACCGGAGCGUGACACACGAGAGGAUAUUUUGCAUCCUAGACACUGUUCGUUCGAUCAAGGUUCCAUCAGACAUCGAAGAACAUGCUAACUUGCAUAAUGAAGGCGUAAAAUUCUGUGCAUGAGGAGAAACGCUGAGAAGCGCGCAAAGCGUCAAACGGAUCAUACCUCGUCUAACACUCCUUUUGAAAGUCUCUUUCUUCCUUUCUCUCUCUCUCUCUCUCUCUCUCUCUUUCUGUCUCAAAGAAGGGGGAAAACAUCCGAAACUACAUCUAGAAUUCCGAGGAACGAACAAGACUCGAGUCGAACGAGGUCCGGCGGUCUGUGUAUCUCCUGAUAUCUUCUCCGAGCGGAGAUAUAGAAAGAGACAAGGAGAGCGGGUAGAAAGAGAGCGAGGGUGACGCAUCGGCUGGUGGGGGCUCGUGCAAUAAAGACAGAGCGAUCGAGUGGGAAGGCAGAGGAUCGGGAAAGAAAAAGAAGAGAAGACGUGGACAGAAAGGAGAAAGAGGAGGAGAGAGAGCGAGAGGCUGUUGAUCGAGUGUUAAACCGUUUAUCUGUUCAGCGAUUGUGCCGAACUGAGGAGAAAAGAGAGAGAGAGAGAGAGAGAGAAUCAGAAGAGACAAAGAGCAUGGUCCCUCUUCCGCCGAAAGACGGACAUUCCGUGACGCGAUUACCAGCAGCAGCAGCAGCUUUUGUUUGUUGACUCGAGGAGCGACGUGUGCAGUCCGGCCAAGUCUCUCCGGUUGUCCGGGGACGACAGCGCGACGUUACGACUUCGUUGAUUACGACUGCACCGCCUCCUCGGUAUUUCUCUCCCUCACUCUCUCCCUAUCUUUCUCUCUCUCUCUCUCUCUCGCUCUCUUUCUCCACCCGCGCCCUUGCCUCGCCGGAGGGGCGCUCGCAGCCUCUUUAAUCUUCCUUUUUGCCGGCACUUGGCAUUCGUGAGCGAUUCGACAAACGGAGGAAGGAUCAUCGAUCCAGAAAGAGAGAGAGAGAGAGAGGAGAAGACUGACGGCGUCGCGAUCGACGGCCGAUCGACUGUGCGUCUUGCCACUCAAGGACCAUGGAAGAAAAGAUCAAACUAUUCGCCGAUAAGGUGAGUUACGGCUACGGGACGAGUAUCCCUCCGCUGAGCAUUGUCGAGGACGAAAAUGACAAUGGAAACGACGUGUCGUCACGGAAGGUGAUCUUCUGCGUCCAUGGAAAAUUGUCGGGCUGCUGCACGGUGGUGAAGAGCUCUACCGACGAGACAUCUACCGCAGAGUAUCAACAGAAUCCAGUACCACCGGAGGACCAUUGUCACAGAGAGAGGAAUGAGGAGAUCGACAAGAAAGCCCGAAAGAAACUGCUGCUCGCCAGUGCGCUCUGCGUCGUUUUCAUGAUAGCAGAAAUCGUCGGUGGAGUAUUAUCGAAUAGUUUGGCGAUAGCGACCGAUGCUGCCCAUCUGUUGACAGACUUCGCGUCGUUCAUGAUAUCCCUCUUUUCCAUUUGGGUCGCGAACAGACCGGCCACCAGAAAAAUGCCUUUCGGCUGGUAUCGCGCUGAAGUCAUCGGCGCGUUGACGUCGGUUUUGCUGAUAUGGGUGGUCACGGGGAUCCUGUUUUAUCUCGCAAUCGAGAGAAUCGUCCACAAAGAUUUCGAGCUGGACGCCACGGUGAUGUUGAUCACGUCUGCAGUUGGUGUCGCGGUAAAUCUAGUAAUGGGCCUGUCGUUGCAUCAACAUGGUCAUAGUCAUGGUGGACAUGUUGGUGGUGGACAUAGUCACGGCAGUGGACAUAGUCACGGCGGUGGACAUAGUCACGGCGGUGGACAUAGCCACGGCGACAAAGACGUGGAAAACGCACACGACGAUGAUUUGAAGGAUGAAAAGAGCAACAUCAACGUGCGUGCGGCCUUCAUUCACGUAUUAGGCGAUUUUAUUCAGAGUAUAGGAGUGUUCAUCGCCGCAUUAGUCAUUUACUUUAAGCCAGAUUGGAGCAUAGUGGAUCCAAUAUGUACGUUCCUGUUCUCUAUAUUAGUUAUACUUACCACGGUGGCCAUUAUCAAAGACGUGAUGAACGUCCUGAUGGAAGGAAUCCCCAAAGGCUUCGAGUAUUCUCACGUGGAAAACACUUUCAUGCAAAUAGAUGGUGUCGUUAAGGUGCACAAUCUUCGAAUCUGGGCGCUCUCGCUCGACAAGACCGCUUUAUCAGCGCACCUUGCUAUAAAACCUGGGACAAGCCCACAGAAUAUCCUGCGCACAGCCACACGAAAUAUCCACGACAACUACAAAUUCUUCGAGAUGACGUUACAGAUAGAGGAAUUCAACGAGCGAAUGGAGAACUGCAAGCAAUGUAAAGCGUUGUCAUAAUAAAGCCUACCGUUAUUGUACUUAUUUACUCGCGAUCUACGUUCGACGAACGCAUCGGAGAUAAUAAAUUUAGAUACUUCGUAAUUGGUUACGAUGCACAGACGAAUAAAGACGUCGAAAUUGUUUCACGCACGGAGACAUCGUGCGUGUUUUAUGUUGAACCUACGUUGCAGUCUUUCCUCAUGGUUUCGUAAAAAGAAACGCACGAACAAUAUCGACCAUAAUAUAAUUAUGAUGAUUGCGAUGUGAAUAGUCCCAGUUUCUUGUUAUCGAAUUUAAGUAAAUUAUAUAACCAUAGCUAUCCACCUGAUAAGUUAUAUAAUUAGCAAUAAGUCGUUAUCUCAGUUACCCGUUACAAUUUUGUAAUCGUCUACCUUCGAUAUUAUGCGUUAGCAGCUCGUGCAGUCACGAGAUGCGAGCAUUGUGAUCGAUAUUUAUUUUAAAAGUGACUUAUAUUUUACAAUAAAAGUUACCAGCUCGUUAACUUGCAGCUCGAUCGUUCAAAAUCUAAGAUCCGUGUCUAAGAUCUUGGUCGAUUUCGCGAUCGUAAUGACUUUAUGAAUAAAUAGAAAUAAUAUAUUUUCUCAACGAAAAUAUACGUCGCUUUAAAGCUCAUAGAUAAGCAGGCGCUCGCAUUCCCAGGUGCAAAUUGGGGAACACCAUUCAUCAUGCAAAUGUCACUAUAUUUUGCGUAAACAAGCGACACACAUGCGUAAUCGUUUAACACGUUCGUUAUUACACAUGUGUGACGCACCGAUUUACAAAGUUCCAAUUCAUGUACAUACAAAAUUUUCAACUUUAAUUAAGACGUUCGUUACUAACGUCAUAUAUAAGAUGUUUCUUAAGUAUCAGAUCAUACUCGAGAGCGAUUCUUUGGUUUAUUUCAAAUAAAAAUGUUUA